CAACAAAGUUUUGUUACUUUUUGCCACGAAAGCUUCGAAAUAUUAGGCAAGAUAAACAUCGAGUUUUAUUUGGAUUCUUCGCGUUUAAAUGCAGGGAUUUUGGAAUCUGAUCGGUAAAGUUGGUCAGGGUUCUACGCCUUCUUUUCCAUAUGAAAUCGGAGACAAAAUAUCCAGUCUGGAUGGGAAGUCAAUAUGGAGUCUUCACCGCGGAAAAAAGAAAGGAACCAGUGAAGAGGUUUCAAUCUUUGUCUUUGAUGUGAAAAACUCCCCACCUGAUCAGCACGAAGUAGCAAAGGCUGAAUUCAAAAGAUUGCGAACCCUCAGACAUCCGACUGUCUUACGAUAUGUUGAUGGAUUGGAGUCGGAGAGUGUUGUGUACAUUGUAACGGAGUCAGUAACUCCGUUGGAAGAAUAUUUAAACGAGAAUAGAAACGAACUUGAAAUAUCCUGGGGAAUACGUCAGAUUGCGACCGCCCUGGAUUUUCUCAUAAACAACGCUGGCCUAAUUCAUGGAAAUAUCUGUCUAUCCUCAAUAUUUGUUGAUCGCGGAGGAGAAUGGAAACUAGGACGCGUCGCGUACGUGCAGCCCGCAAAGCCCGCGAGUGGAGCGGAGGUUCCCACCCUAUCCCGCUUCCCGUGGAUGCAGAAAUACGAACCGCCCGAAGGGGCUCCUGGGAGCAAACUCAAGAAACGAACGGAGAAAUGGUCCGCGGACGUGUGGGGCCUGGGUUGCCUGAUCUGGGAAAUCUUCAACGGCCCUCUACCUAAAUCGUCUUCGCUUAAAUCGGUCGGAAAAAUUCCGGGAAAUCUACUCAGCCAUUAUGGCGAACUUGUGAGUGCAAAUCCGAAAACCAGGCCGGAUCCUGCGAAGUUCAUUGCUCAAUGUCGCGCCAAAGGACAGUAUCUUGCGAACAGCUUUGUGGAGUCGAAUUUGUUCCUAGCCGAAAUACAGAUGAAAUCUCAAGAAGAACAAAAGGAAUUUUUCAAAUCGUUGAGCUCUCAACUUGAUUCAUUUCCACAACAAUAUUGUAAAAUGCAAAUCUUGCCAUUGCUUUUGAACGCGUUCGAAUACGGUUCGGCUGGAUCCACUGUUCUUGCUCCGCUGUUUAAGAUCGGUAAGCUCCUUGAAGCAGAAGAAUAUCAACAAAGAAUUGUUCCUUGUGUUGUCAAACUGUUUUCGUCAACCGACAGGGCGACAAGGAUUCAGUUGUUACAACAGUUGGAUAAUUUCGUGCAGUAUUUGCAACCAUCCGUGGUGAACGAUCAGAUCUUUCCGAACGUUGCGUUAGGAUUUGGAGACACGGUGCCCGCCAUGAGAGAGCACACGAUCAAGUCAAUGCUUCUCUUGACGCCAAAACUGACCGAAAAAACAAUAAACAAUCAGCUUCUGAAGUUUUUUGCAAAACUUCAAAUGGAUGAACAGCCAAGUAUUCGAACCAAUACGACCGUGUGUUUGGGAAAGAUCGCCCGACAUCUUCCUGAAGCAACACGUCAAAAAGUGAUUGUCGCUGCAUUCCUUCGCGCCUUACGAGAUCCGUUCCCCCCUGCAAAAAUGGCUGGAAUCAACGCGUUAUGUGGGACACUUGAAUACACGGCGGUACACGAAUGUGCAACGAGGGUUUUACCAGCCUUGUGUACCAUGACGAUCGAUCCCGAUAAGUCCGUUAGAGACCAAACUUUCAAAGCGAUCCGCCUGAUUUUGGGAAAGGUUGAGAAGAGUUCCGAAGACGUCUCUGAAAAAGAAAGCGCUACAAGCGACGCUCCGACGUCGACUGAGGGGUCUGGCACUGCAUCCGGGACAUGGACUGGUUGGGCUAUGAGUUCCAUAUCUUCAAAAUUAUAUAAAGGAAGUGCUUCAGAAGACGUGCAAGGCAAGGAAACUCGAUCAGCAACUCAACCGCGACAGGUUAAAAGUCCGUCGAAGGUCAGCACUAAUACACCAGAGAUAACCUCUGCCACUGACCGCACGGGUCAGAACAAUGACCCUCAACUCAAAGCAAACUCUGACAGUGAUUAUGAAGGGGAUGAAUGGGGUGAAGAGGGAUGGCAAGAGGAUGAAUGGGAUAAUGAAAAGGAUUCAAUGAGUAGCGUAAGGAAAGACUUGAUGGAUGCUAGAAAUGAACUAUCAUCAGCCAUCAGCCAUGACGAACCAGAGGGGGAAGUCUCUUCUGACAAGGAGGAGGAUAGCGAUAGCGACUUUGGAGACUGGGACCAAGACAAUUGGGGCAAAAGUGAAAGCAAUUCGAACAACGUGAAGGCUCCCGCAAGUAAUGCAUUGUCUAAAGGAAAAGGCAGGAAAUCCGGUGCGCUGAAGCUUUCAAGUGGCAAGAAAAAAUCCGGCGUAAACGAAGAUGACUUGUUGUCUGAAUUAAUGUCCGAUACAAGUCAAAACAAGCCAGCGAGUCAGGUUCCUGCGAUGAAUCAAGGCUCUGCUUGGGAUAACGACUGGAGUAACAUGAAGGAUAGUUUUGUACAAGACGAUAAUUGGACAGAAAGUUUCUUCCAACAAGAUGGUAAAAACAAUUCAAGCAAGAGUACUAAGAAGGUUGAAAAUUCACCGCAGACGUUUAAAAUAUCCACAAAGAAAACAGAGGAAAGUAAAAAGAGUAAAGCGAGCGCCAAAACUCGUGCAAAACAAGACACAAGUUCUCAGUCAGUCGACGGAUGGGGCUCCGAUGACUGGGCUCCUUUGGAGGACUCGGGCCAAGUAGUAACCAAUCCCAGCUCGGCCGCGGUCGACGCAGGGAGUGAUGGGAACUCCGGGACCGCGGGCGAUAGCUGGGACACUGGGGGAUGGGAUAAUUUUGAUAGUUUUGAACAGAACACGAAGGAAAGCGAAGCUGAUAAGGCGAGGAAAAAACGGGAGGAAAGAAGAAAGCAAAGAGAACAAGCUUUGAAAGAAAAGCGUGCUGCUAAAGGGGGGUCAAAACUAGGGGCUGUAAAAAAAUAAUAAUAUUCGGUCACAUUCACUAGCAAAACAAUCUCAAAAUAUCCAUUCCGCGUAUUCCGAAUAGCCUCGGGCCUAUGCUCUAACGCGCCAGCUUGUCAACAAAGUUCUGGAACAACAAUAUAACGAAGAGCCCGCCACAAUUUUUUUUAUUGAACGCAUUACAUUGCCCCGGGGUUAGAAUAUUUUUCGCAAGCAAACGGCAUUUGCGAGCGAAUUUGGGCGAAGGGGAAUUGAGUCGAUUUGCAGCGGGAAUAAAUUUAUUGAUAUUUAUAUAUAAUACAAAAUUUAAACGUAGAGUGAUAUAGCAAUUCAUAUUAUCCUUAAUCAAAGCCGUCA